AUGGGGGGCAAGAAAGAAACCAAGGCCAUCUACUUCGAGAAGCUUGAGGCUCUCCUCAAGGAGUACUCCUCUAUCUUCAUCGUCACUGUCGACAAUGUCUCGUCGCAGCAGAUGCACGAGAUCCGUCAGUCCCUCCGCGGUGAGGGUGUUGUCCUGAUGGGCAAGAACACCAUGGUUCGCCGUGCGCUCAAGGGUCUCAUCAGCGACUCUCCCGAGUACGAGCGUCUCCUCCCCCACGUCAAGGGCAACGUCGGUUUCGUCUUCACCAACGGUGAGCUGAAGGAUAUCCGCGACAAGAUCCUCGCCAACCGUGUCGCUGCCCCUGCUCGUGCCGGUGCCGUCGCCCCCGGUGAUGUCUAUGUCCCCGCUGGUAACACUGGUAUGGAGCCUGGUAAGACCUCUUUCUUCCAGGCUCUUGGUGUCCCCACCAAGAUUGCCCGUGGUACCAUCGAAAUCACCACCGACCUCAAGCUCGUUGAGGCCGGUAGCAAGGUCGGUGCCUCCGAGGCUACCCUGCUCAACAUGUUGAACAUCUCUCCCUUCACCUACGGUAUGGGUAUCCACCAGAUCUACGAUAACGGUAACACAUUUGCGCCUUCCGUUCUCGACAUCGAGGAGUCCCAGCUCCUGAAGGCUUUCUCCAGCGCUAUUGCUACCAUUGCCUCCAUCUCGCUGGCAGCCAACUUCCCCACCCUGCCCUCCGUCAUGCACUCCGUCGUCAACUCCUACAAGAAGGUCCUCUCUGUCGCCAUUGAGACCAGCUACGAGUGGGAGGAGAUUGCUGAGCUCAAGGACCGCAUCGCCAACCCCGAUAAGUACGCCUCUUCCGGCCCCGCUGCUGGCUCCGCCCCUGCUGCCGGUGGUGCUGGUGAAGCUGCCCCUGCUGCCGCUAAGGAGGAGGAGAAGGAGGAGUCCGAGGAUGACGACAUGGGCUUCGGUCUCUUCGACUAA